AUGGAGAGGCUGCUCCAGCUUCAGCCCCCGCCCCCGCCCCCCCCUCUGCACCCCAACCCUCCCCACCCAGAAGUCGGAGACGGCGCAGUACAACUCCUGAUCGUCGUCUUCCCGGAUAUAUCAUCUUGACGAUAACUGCUGCUACGUUCUUACCAGCUCGUACCAGGUUGGAUAACAAGACAAGGGUCCUCUCCUCGUGUCAUAUGUUAAUUAGGAGAAGGCAGGAUUGCCCACGCGGAGCAUAACAUGAACACACCAGGUUGCAAGUGAGGGAGCUAUUCCUUCAGUUCUUUGUAAGAAUUCCUGGACCAAGUCAAAAGAGACGGACCUCCGGAGGAAGUGGCGGCGCCCCUCCGUCUGUCACUUGGAGACGGCCGGAGGAGGUAAGGUGGCGGCGGACUUCUGGCCCUCGACGAGCUCCCUCGCCAGCGAUCGGAGAUCGCCGCCGCCGGAGGGGUCCUCAAUCGGGGCGAACUGCCGGCGGUUGACCUGCCGAUCCUGCUGCUGCUGCUGGACCGACCACGGCAGAUUCACCGGGGUUUCGAAGAGCGUCGCCAGGUCAAACGACGGAGGAAGACUCGACGCAGGUGGGAGCUCUGAGAUGGGGAUGGUCAGAGGUGAAGAAGGCGGCGGCGGCGGCGGCGGAGGGGGGGAAGUCAGCUCUAGCGUUGCAAGAUGAGCCCGUAGGAGGGACAACUCGGCUUGCAGGCUCACCACCUGCACAGCGCAAAAGAAGGAGGUCAGCAGACGUCAUCUUCUUCCUUGUAACGCCGCCGCAGGACUCGGGAAGCUUCCUCUAAUAGAAAACACAGGUGAGGACGUUACGUUUCAGGGGGCCGGGGCGAACGUCUACUCUAAGUUCACAUCAUCAGUGUAUGACAACAUUAAGACAAGAUUGAUUUGAUCGCCAACAGAAAAAAAAAAACAGCAAAGGGCGUUGCGUCCAUGCAGUGCUGAUGGCUUCAUGGACGCCAUGCUGACCGCAUACACCGCUGUCUUCAGACUGAACGAACCAGUGAGUGAAGCCCGACUGCUCAGAGCUCUGCAGAUGGUUAUAUAGAGAGGAACAGAAGGGGCGGUCUUCUCUUCGUAGUUCCUCACCGUCGGCGUUUCCCCAGACGGGUGGGAGUGGGGGAUGGGAUCGGCUUCCCAAAGGAAACGAUUCCGGCCAUUCAAAACUCUCCGCUUUCCGAAACCAGAACACCGGCCAUGACUCUCUAAGACCCUUUCAUCCUCGUCAGGCCCGAAAGGAGGCCAUCUUUACCCCACUGGGGAAUGCAGUUCAGAGAUCAGGAAGAUCAGUGGAAGAAGCUCACUGGUCAGGGAGAUAAGGCGUCUGGCCUUGUGACAUCUUCCAUCUCAGAAAAAAAUCGAAGGAAAGGGAGGAAAGACCAUAAGACAGAGCUGUUAGAAUCAGGAUUUCAUGCUCAUUCAUAUGCACUUUCAUAUAGUUCAUUUCCUAUACUUUCGGUUUAUGCUACCACAUAACUACGGGAUAAAACCAUGGUAGAGGUGCAUGAAUGAUCAUGAUAACUCGAAGUGUACCAUAAAAAGAAAGCGGUCGUAGAACAAAUAAUUGAGAAAAAUACACGUUACCUCUCCGAAUUGUAUACGCAAUCAUUCAGUGAGUUAACAUCACACAAAAAAAGCACGGAAGAGGUAAGGUGACGAUAUAUCUAUUAUCCUUAAACUAAAUGCGGGUAUAACCUCCAUGUUGCGCCAUUUGAACCAUGAGUUCAUAUCGAUGUGCAUAUGUAGCAUAAUUUUUUUCCAUGGGAAAAUCUUAGACAUCAAUGUUUUUUUGUUAGAACUGUUAACGCGACAUGGUAUUUACGAGAAAUAUCGAGAGAUUCACUGAAAUGUUUUAUCAAAUGGCCCUUAUUUCGCAGAUCUCAAGCUGUAAAGUUUUAUUUUCUGAAAACUAUAAAUCAAAGAAGCUGUAAGUCUGACAAAAUCUAAACCCGAUUCCAUAAAUGUCGCGUUGAUUGUUUAAUGGAUCUAAGCAGGGCACUAGGUUGUUGUCGCGCAUAGUGAUGGAAUAGAAUACCCUACUCUUUGAGGACUUCCGUUUAUUGAUGCCCACAGUGGAGUUGAGUAGGUAAGGAAUACCUGUUGCUGGAGGGCGAAGAUGUGGGAGACGCAGCCAUGGACGGGAUCACGAAGCCGGGCUUGGGCCUCGUAGCAGAUGGUAACGACGGCGUCAAGGCGCUUGUUGGCGGGGAUGUGCAUCAGCAGCUUCGACACGUUGCUGGCGCCGAACACCUUGUGCACCGCCGAGAAGUUCGCCGCUCCCUGCUCGGAGCCGAAGUAGGGCGCGAAUAUGCACCCGCUCACGCACUUCCGCCUCAGAAACUUGCAUGCGCCGCAGGGACCUCCGCCGCCGCCGGCCCCUCCACCAGAGGCACAACCGCCGCUUAAAGCUCCGCCACCCCUUCCACUCAUGCUGUCGCCUCAAGUAAUCUCAUGUUCAUAA